UUCGAAUUAAUUGAUAUGUUAGGUUGGAUUAAAUUUGGCUGUCUUGCCAGUGAUAGGAAUUGUAGCUCUCCUGGUGGACAUUGGAAAUCUUACUUUUUGCGUCUUUGUGAAAAAUAAUUAUGAUAAAUUAACAAAAAUAACUCCAAUUCUAGCCUAUUACAUUUCAGUAAAAUGUUAAAAGAAUGCUUGAAAAUUACGCUAUUGUUCCUUUUGCCACAUACGGUGCUUGGAAAAAGUUUCUCCAUAGCACCCCAUUUCCACCUUCAAACGGUGUUGUAUUGUGUGAUCAAUGAGCUUAGGCGAGUCCAUUGCAAUGCAGUUUGUUGUUCCUUUUUAGGAGCUUUGGUUGAGGUGAAUCGCGAGAGACCGAAGUGCUCAACAAUUAUUCUGAUCGACGUUGAUUUCAUCCUUAAUCGAAAAUUAUCUUCGGAUGUUUUUGUUUGGCACAGAAGAACCCUUCUAUCUAAGCAAUGGCAUGGAGACAAAGCAUGGAGACAAAGCAUGGAGACAAAGCAUGGCCAGUUCCUUCAAUGCAGAUUCAUCCCUCCCCCCCCCCCCCAAAUGCAGAUACUGUUCUAUUCUCGUUUUCUUUAGCUUCCCCGUCGUUGUUAGUCCUUUCCUAAAUAAAGGAUAGAGCCCAACCUUCAGCCUUCAGAACUGCAGCAAAAUUGCCUUACCGCGGUCGAUAGCCUGAGCUACUAAGGGACAUAUAUUUUGAAGACGGUACAGCUGAUGUUAUUUACAGCUGCUAACAAACCUUUAAGGCUGAUAGAGCGCUAUCCACGAGAGCUAGAAAGAAGACAAAAGUUCCAUGAUACAAAAAUUCGCUUUAUUAAAUCGUACUUCUAUCCAACCUUUAGCAUCACGCGACUAAGAGAUGUGGGAUCGACAGAAUUCAGAUUUGUACAUCUGAAGUCGAUUGCUUCAGAUCUAGUUUGCCAAAGCAAGAAUAUUUCAACCCUUUCAUACUAUGCAUGAGUUUCUUGGUCUCAGUUCAAAAUGAACACUUUGAAUUUACUCAGAUUUUAUGUGGACGGUGUGUGUAUCAAAACUACUUGUAAAGCAACAAUCUUUAUAUUAUUCAGUAUUGAUUUUUUAUCAGUGUUUCUUGCCUAUUUGCAGCCUUUUUUCCAGCCAUUUGCAGCCAAGAUUUUAAUACUCUAUAUUUACUUGUUUUAAGUGCUAACUUUUUUCCAGCAUGGACCGAUUUGGGCAAGGAAUUCAUAGAUUUUUCAAGUUAAUUGAUCUCCCACCAACUAUGCCUGUUCUUCUGCAACGUUGGCUCCGACAAAAGGCAACACGAAAUUCAGAAAGCCGAUUAAACUUCAGGGAAAUUGAUAACUGGAGCUCCUGGAUAAGCGAUGUUUACAGAAGAUCUAGAAUCGAUCUUGAAAAGCUAGACAUUAAAUUGGAUAUGCCAGAUUGUCGUUAUUAUCUUGGGCUGUUUCUGUCUGCUCCUUUCAGUGAUUCAGCCGGUCUUAAAAGCUGGGCUGAAGACCUUUGGUUGCAUCACUUUCUGCCACAAGUCGAGAGUUCUGUGGAGGAGCAGGUUGCCGAGGCAACCAAUACUCAGCAGGACUUAUUGAUCCAAGUCGCUCUGAACGCAUUCUUAGAAGGAGCUUUUUUGCCGGGCUGCCCAUGCAAAUUAGAUAUCGGUUAAGUUAGGACUAAAUUUUUAGAUAUUUUAAUCGACUCUGCUAGACCUAAUGCUGUCUGACCAGGAGGAAUGUACUCAUAUUCCAGAGAUUUUGUCGGUGGUCGAAACAGGAAGAUUUGACGAAUUUCCGUAGAUGCUUUCAUCUAAAGGAGGGACUUGAAAAUUUUUUAGAGGAAAUGACCUGUCGUUCUCUGAUUUCCCUGGUGCAAAUCAAGUCCUGUUUCGGGUGCCAACACUCUUGAUGUUCAUGUGUGUAACACCUUUUGCGAUUAGAUAUUACUUUCACAAAGUUUUUAAAGAGGCCGGAAGUUUGUCAUAAUGUGCAGGCCUAAGAGGGGACGUAUUUUCGUCAGAAUUUUCGUCGCAGAGGCACCAUCUUUUACCUUGUUACCUAGCAGUCCAGCCAUAUGAUACUCUGGGUACCAGAGCUUCAAUAAACCGGGGAUAAAGUAUUGUAGACCGCUUCGGUGGCAAAGAAGGAAGCUCAAAUAAUUAUUUCUGGAACUAAUUUCGAACUACAGUUUUCUCUCCAAUUAACGGACACUCUAAAAGGCGGACACCUCUGAUUAGCGGAAAAAAAAUUUUCCCGAUCAUUUUCUGGUUAAAGUCUCAUAAAAAACUUUCUAAAAGCGGACGCUUAAUUAGCGGACACUCCAAUCAACGGAUAAUAUUGUUUGCACAAAAUAGUGAAUUUGGCUUUUUUCUUUCCAAUUAGCAGACAGUACAAAACAUUUAGGAGCCAGCGAACAAAAAAAUAAGACAAAUGAAUAUUUUUUCAAGUAUUCCGACAGAGGGCUUGGAGCUUCCGACAGGGGGGCUAAAAUGACUAAAAUAUGCAGUUUUCGUACGUUAUUUUGUCAAAUUUGCUCCAAAAAUAACCUAAAAUUGUCUUCGAUGGGGGGGGCUAAGUGCUUCCAACGGAGGGGCUAUAGCCCCUCUAGCCCUCCCUUGGCGCCGCCACUGAUUACACCUUUUAAAUACAAAACAAGGGUCUAUUUCAACUUUGAAACUUAUAUUGCAAAACUUUCCAAAAGGCGGACAUUUCCAAUUAGCGGACAACUUGCUCUGGUCCCGACAGUGUCCUCUAAAUAGAGAGAAUACUGUAUAUUUCUGCGGCUAAAUAAUGGAGACUCUGUCGCCCAGGGUAGCCAUAUGACUGUCUACUGACAAAAAUCUCUUCAUAUCCCCCUUCAACCCUUCUUAAGAUUUAUUGAAUUACUUAUCUUCAGUUUCAUUUUAAGCACUUGCUAUAAACUGCCGACUGAAUCAAAUAAAGUUUUAUCUUACUGUUCUUAUAUACAAAUUCACUUUUUCUAAAACGAAAUGUUUAGUCAAAGUUACGUUGCAAUUAGUUCUUGCAGUUAACAGCGUCAAAAGAUGUGUAAAUGAAAGAACCCUUGUUGUAAAAUAGUGCUGUACCAGAGCAUGCUACGUUUCUAGUUGAUAAGUAUGAAAAAACCACUGCCCCAGUUUUCAACUCUUUAUUAUUCAAAUCUAUUUGACACUUAAGGUGGUGCAAAGGGACACUGUGACUCCUGACAAACUCUAAAAGAACAUAUUGUACUUAACACAGAACGGCAAUUGUUGUACUUAACGACGUCGGAGAAUUUUCAUUCCACCUCCUGUCGCACCCCUUUCCGCCCUGUUCACCAUUCUAUCGACCCGAAUCAUGUUUGCUAGUUUGGUACAUAUUUCAACAGUUUUAUAGCCACUGUUAUCUUGCCUUAAAGCAGAAAAAUAAUAGGUGUUACUACCAACAUUAUAAAUUUUAUUCCCGUCCUUUCAAUAACUUAGUAACACACUCAGAAAGAUCAGCUACUUGGUUUGAAACUGGUGUGUUUACUGUGUUUUGUGUAAACUAUUUGAAAACUUGGUACCCUAUUCAGGCGCUGUUCACUCAACCUGAACGAUACUUACAGACACGGUAAAGGGGAUAGAGUAGGAGGGUAAAAGUAUCUUGUCAUUUGUCUUCGCAAUUAUCAAGAACAUAUAUAUGAGUUUUCGACUGUAGCAACUUUUUCAAAAACUCGCGUGAUUAUUUCGUAUCUGCUAGAAGUGAGCCGUUUAUACGCUUAUCGGAAUGGAAAUAUCAUUUACAUAGCAGUAGAAGCUGCAAAUCACUGUUGCAAAUUUUUUCCUUAUCAUGAAGCUUAUAGCCAUGCCCCUGGACCGUGCCGGUGUCUUCAACGACUCUAGACCUCAAAGAUAUUCAUAAAGAAAUACCUAAAUAGAUUUUCAAUGUAAAGUGAGAAACAUAUUACUUUAUCCUCGGUGAGUAUUUAUAAUAAACAAAUUUAUAACAGUUUAGGUAUUGCGAUGUACAUGGUAAAAAUUUGCCUUAUCAAAUUAUUCCAGAAAUCCUGUCGUUUUUUGACUCUCUCUUUCUCUUCUGUCGAAAACAAAAAGAAAGUUCUUAUGUUGAUGCACAAGGUAAGGUAAGAGCUGAGACAUCCUUGUAAAGCUUUUCACUGCAUCGACCAGUUUCUUAAUUCUCGAAUACUGAGAAAAGGGACCUUAUUUCGAUAAGUAUUUUGACAAGAAGCUCAAGGGUAAAGGAAAGCGAAAGAAUGAAAAUUAAUCUAAAUUAUAGGUCCGUGAUUAACAGGGGAAGGGGGUCAUACCCAUCAGUCUACAUUACCAUUCUUUGUCUCCCUCACCUUCAAACAUCACUUUGCCAUGCCACAUCAAUCUAAAGUACCAGGCA